AUGGUAAAAAGUUCUGAAAUGAGGAAGCACGGUCACUCCAGAGGAUACACUGGGGAUUCAGGCCGACUUGGACAGGCUUGCAAGUAUUCUAUUAAAUGGCUUCCCAAGUCUCCUAAACUCUAUGGCAGUCGCAAUUGGAGUUCUCAGAGCUCUCGCUGGGCUUCAUUAAGGGGAAAGGAAAGUGUUCACGGUGGCAAUCUGUACAAAUUCAACUCAGACAAUGAAAAAUGGAAGGAAGGGAGGGUCAGUCCUGAGCAAGAAGCAGAAGAAUUGGAGGAUCCAGAUGAGGAUGAGCCCAUUUCCAAGUUUUCUGGAAGUCUUUUUGAUUCUGAUGAUACUGUUAGAGAUCAAAGACUCACUAGAAUAGUCCUUCAGGAAAAGCACAAAGCAACCACAAAAUUUAAAACCAUUCCUGGGACUAACGAUAUACCACAGAUUUCUGCGACAACAACGGAGAAUUUUCUGACAGGUAACAACACAUUUCCAGAAGAAACAAAAGAGCAGGUUCCAAGAGUUGCAGAUGUGACACCGCCCCCAUUGAAGGAAGCCAUCAUUUCAGAAACAAACACACCUGAUAUUGGCUCUGAUGAAGUGUCAACUAAAAUCAACCCAUUCCAGACAGUAAACCAUGUUAUAACAAUACCUCGAAUCAUCCUAACACGUCCUUCUACUUCAGAUGAGGAUAAUGACCAGUUAAUACAAGAUCCAGAAGACUUUGAACCUGAGGAGACUGACUCUGCAGAAAGUCACAUGUAUUCAGACUGUAUGAAUAAUGUUUUUUACCCUCCAUAAUAAACCAUUCUUUUAGGAGAUGUUCAUGGUAUUAUUUUUUCACUGUUUAUAUUAUUACUUUUAAUG